GUACUAACACGUUGUUCAGACAGGAGCGAGGAGUAACAUACGGAGAGGACACUAUUCAAGAGGAAAGGUCAGGAAGGAAAGUGACACAUUUUCAGAAGAUAUGUCUCAAAGAACAAGACAUUCUGGGAGGGGCUUUACUGGUAGUCCUUAUACCAGAAACAGAAGAAACCGUGAAGCACUGUCUGUUCAUCAGGACACUAGACCACGAAGGAUUAGACCAAAUGGGAGGGGAUUUACUAAUAGGCCUAACAUCAGCAACAGGGGAAACCUUGAAGACCUGUCUGUUCACCAGUUCCCUAGACCUCAAGGAAUCAGACAGAACGCUGGCACUCAAGGAAUAUUCACACCCAAAAGGCACCUGUCAAACAUGAUUGUCUCCCUCUUGCAACCACUGUCCAUUGUAGAAGAUGCUGGUUUCCAGGCAUUUGUUGAUGCCAUAAAACAACCUGGCACCCUCAUUCCAAAGGAGACAUUUUCUAUUCGAAAAGACCUUCUCAGAAUGUACAAUAAGACGAGGCAGAAGGUAGAGCAAUCCCUUGCCUUGGCUCAUGACAUUGUCUUAGCAGCUGAACUGUGGGUUGCAAGAGCAGAAGAGUCCUAUCUGACAGUGACUUGCCAUGUCAUCGACAGAGAAUGGAACCUCAAUUCCUACGUAUUGGAAACAACUAAAGUCCUGGGUGAAGAUACAUCAGUCGACAUAGUAAAACAACUGUUAGGAAUUGCAAACGACUGGGGAAUAAAAGAAAAGAUUCACACCGUGGUGACAAACAUAGAUGGAUCCAUGAGAGAAGAGAUUUCUAGAAAUGGAUGGACACACAUUCCUUGCUUUGCCCACACUUUAAACCUGGUGUUCAAAGAUACAUUGAUGGAGGAUCCUGUUCUUGAGGCAAUGCUGAGGAAGUGUCAGAAGAUUGUGAGGUUCUUUCACAACGACAUAGAAGCUGAGAAAAAGCUAAAAGAGGCUCAACUCCAACAACAGUUGCCUCAUCAUGGCCUGAUCCAGUCUGUUGAUGAUGGAUGGUUCUCUUGCUUCCACAUGCUGAAGAGACUUGCUGAGCAAUACAUGGCUAUCAACAUGGUGCUUAGCCAAAGGCAAGAGUUCGACCUCUGUCUUAAUGGAUCUGACAUAACUAAAGCCUCCAGUGCGGUAGCAGCCCUUCAGCCUUUCAAAGAUGUGACAGAGGAGAUGUCACAGAGAUGUAAAGACAUCUCUAAUAAUCAGCAGUACUACCUCCUCUCCAACAGCAUUCCUCUGGUCGAAGAAAUUCAGACCAAAAUCAGCAAAGAACAGAGGGGAAACGAUGUAGCUAAUCACUUAGCCAAGCAAUGCAAAAUUCAUUUUGGUGAUUUGAAGAAGAGCCAACGACUAGUCCUUACCACAGCCCUGGACCCAAGGUUCAAAAACCUCAUACUGAAUGUCAACGACAGUGAAAGUGCUAAUCACUUUCUAACUAAAUUGCUUAAAGAUCUCAAAGCGAUUUCAUCUCCACUGAUAGUUUCAGCCGAUGUACCGAACUUAGUUCAACUGCUGAAACAGUACAGUGAACACAGCUCAAUUCCAGAGAUGGAAAACCCACUUUCAUGGUGGAGAUUUGAAGGAUCUGUGAAAUUCAAGGAUCUGAGCAGGGUAGCCCUUAGAAACCUUGGUGUGGUUUCUACAGCGAUCCCCUUGGAUAGGGCUUUCCAUGAGAAAGAUAAAAUGUUCUACAGCAGACGAAGUUGCCUGGAGCCAGAGAAUAUCAACAUCAUACUGUUUCUGAACAGCAACUACACUCCUUAGUUGUAAAGAGGGUCAGUAGUGGUCACAUGGUUAUCUUUUAAAUUAGAACAAAUUAUGGUCUAGCGAUCUGAGCUGCUUCCUCUAGAAUUGAUAUGGCGCUGCCAGCAUGCGUUCGAAUCAAGCCCAUUGCUCUUUCAGCACUCACUCUUACCUUGCAUAUCUGAUAAACAAUCAUCAAAUCAAAAGUAUUUAUAUAUCCCUUUGUAUAUUAGCUGACAUCUCAAAGUGCUGUACAGAAACCCAGCCUAAAAACCCAAACAGCAAGCAAUGCAGGUGUAGAAGCACGGUGGCUAGGAAAAACUCCAUAGAAAGGCCAAAACCUAGAAAGAAACCUAGAGAGAGGAACCAGGCUAUGACAGGUGGCCAGUCCUCUUCUGGCUGUGCCGUGUGGAGAUUAUAACAGAACAUGGCCAAGAUGUUCAAAUGUUCAUAAAUGACCAGCAUUGUCAAAUAAUAAUAAUCACAGUAGAUGUCGAGGAUGCAGCAAGUCAGCACCUCAGGAGUAAAUGUCAGUUGGCUUUUCAUAGCUGGUCAUUAAGAGUAUCUCUACCACUCCUGCUGUCUCUAGAGAGUUGAAAACUGCAGGUCUGGGACAGGUAGCACAUCCGGUGAACAGGUCAGGAUUCCAUAGCUGCAGGCAGAACAGUUGAAACUGGAGCAGCAGCACGGCCAUGUGGACUGGGGACAGCAAAGAGUCAUCAUGCCAGGUAGUCCUGAGGCAUGGUCCUAGGGCUCAGGUCCUCCGAGAGAAAGAGAGUAUUAGAGAGAGCAUACUUAAAUUCACACAGGACACCCAAUAAGACAGCAGAAGUACUCCAGAUAUAACAGACUGACCCUAGACCUACGACACAUAAACUACUGCAGCAUAAAUACUGGAGGCGGAGACAGGAGGAGUCAGGAAACACUGUGGACCCAUCCGAUGAUACCCCGGACAGGGCUAAACAGGAAGGAUAUAACCCAACCUACUUUGCAAAAGCACAGCCCCCACACCACUAGAGUGAUAUCUUCAACCACCAACUUACCAUCCUGAGACAAGGCCGAGUAUAGCCCACAAAGAUCUCCGCCACGGCACAACCCAAGGGGGGGCGCCAACCCAGACAGGAAGAUCACAUCGGUGACUCAACCCACUCAAGUGACGCACCCCUCCUAGGGACGGCAUGAUAGAGCACGAGUAAGCCAGUGACUCAGUCCCUGUAAUAGGGUUAGAGGCAGAGAAUCCCAGUGGAGACAGGGGAACCGCCCAGGCAGAGUCAGCAAGGGCGGUUCGUUGCUCCAGAGCCUUUCCGUUCACCUUCACACUCCUGGGCCAGACUACACUCAAUCAUAUGACCCACUGAAGAGAUGAGUCUUCAGUAAAGACUUAAAGGUUGAGACUGAGUCUGCGUCUCUCACAUGGGUAGACAGACCAUUCCAUGAAAACAAUAAAAUAUGUAAAGAGUUGGACUGCCCCACUCCUUUAAAACAAGAUAACAACUUAGAACUUACUGUAUAUAAGAACAUUGUAAAAUGAAUGUGAGCCAUACUUCUGAAAGCUGAAAACAUUCCAUGGAUUGUGACUGCCACCUAGUGGAGGAGAGACUAUCUGGUCUUUGAUUUUUUUUCCCCAGUAUUUUUGGUUUUAUCCAAUCCUUCCAGACAAUACAAGAUAACAAUGUGACACGGUAUGAACAGAAACUAUCAUAAUCUCUUGGUAUUUUGAGGAUGAGUUGAGAACCAUGACGGGUUGAUGUUUAAGGCAGCCAGUCCUGUAGCUUGGAUGCUCUGGCAGAGUGGCCCUUAUACCCACACUAAACAGAAACAGACAAAAGCAGAGAUGUCAUACAUGUCAUACUUCUUUUCAAGGUCAAAUUGGCUUCUCUCUACACCUGUAAUACAUAAGAGAGAGAGCUUAUUUUCAGUUUUACCUUGCGAUUCCUAUUUUGAAAUCUGAAGGUACAUUUUUGGUUGAGUAAAUCUUCAGUAAAAAUAAUUGUUAUAUAGUCAUAUUGUAUGUACCAAGAAUAAAUAUUGAGUGAUAUUAUUGUACAUUUAGCAAAUAUACUGUCUGCUACACAAUAUAAAUAAAUGUACAUUUUACAUUGUUCAUCAGUAAAUGUACA